CUUAGUCUCCCGGUAGAAGGCGGUACAGCAGUCGUGUUCUGCUGAGCACCGCUGUUCAAAAAUAGAAGAAGUCAAGAUGGCAGCCGCCACCAUGAAGGGACCUGUAGCGGUUGAAGACGUUGUCGUGACUUUUGAAGACCAACAGAAGAUCAAUAAAUUUGCCAGAAACACGAGUCGGAUGGGGGAACUCAAAAACGAAAUAGAGUCGAAGAAAAAAACGCUGCAAAACCUGCAGGACGCCAGCGAUGAGCUCAUGAUGUUGGAUGAUGACUCCUUAUUGGUCCCUUACCAGAUUGGUGGUGUUUUUAUUGGCCACUCUCAGGAAGAAACACAAGAAAUGCUAGAAGCUGCCAAGGAAGCCCUGGAGCAGGAGGUCAAAGGCCUGGAGGAACGCGUGUCAGAGAUCCAGCAGGUUCUGGGCGACCUGAAGGUCCAGCUUUAUGCCAAAUUUGGUAACAACAUCAACCUGGAGGCAGAUGAAAGCUAAGCUGCCAAAUGGAAACUUGAGGACUUUUACUUUUUCUUCCAUCUCAUGCUUCAGAUGCUUGAUGAUGCCAAUAAAAACAUGAACUUG